AUGGAGAGUGAUGGUGAAACGGUAAAAUCAAAUCGCAUAAAAUCCAACGUCACCGGGCCACUCCCUAGACGCUCAAAGCUCUAUGAUCCUAGAAAAGGAUCUGCAUAUUCCAAAUUGUCUAAAACCCACGAAAACAAACUACGGCAAUGUCAGGAAUAUGGACAUGGAACGCUGGAUGCAACAACUCUCACCGGUAGGGUUAAACUGCGGGAACCUCCCCGAUUCCUCAAAGAUGGCAGUGCAUCGUACGGUGAUGUGUCCGAUGCAUGGUUAUGUGACUCUUCUAUGGAAUUCAAAUUAUCGGGGACACGGACCGGUACCAAGAAAAUACAACAAUCCGGCCAUGGAGGGCGCUAUUCACGGUCUAUAGUUGGAAGAAACAACGCCUCGCAAAAGGCGUUGUCUCCCACGUCAUCACUGCCACCAAAAUUGGACACCACAAAAGUAAAGGAACUACCGUCGGACGACAGAUCGUCGCCACCUCCGUCACAACGUGACACUCGUCCGUUCGAAAGCCUUAUACAAGUGCCCUAUCUUGAAAAUCUGAACGAAUCACUUAUGGCCGCUCAAAAGUCAUCAUGGUUAGAAACUGUUGUGGCACCGGCGAAGAAUGAUACAGAACCCAUAUUAAUAGAGUCUUUCAGGAAUUCCACACUACCGAGUUUUCGAGCUUCAACUCAACUCUCACAAUCAUUUUCGAUGCUUACUUUUAACGCUGGGCUACUUGAGGUGCGAAUGUUAGGUCUUCAAAUGUACCAAAACCCCGGAUAUACAGAAAAGAGGCUUAGAUGUGUUCCUAGUGAGAUCAGAAAGGCUGAUGCAGAUGUAGUGGCCUUUCAAGAAGUGUACAGCAAUAAUCAUGCGCAAUAUAUUAUGCAAGAGUUGAAAGAUCUAUACCCAUACGCUGCCAGGGACGAUUGUCUACCCGUUUCUAAGGAUUUUGCAGAUCUCUACGUAAAGAGCAAAAAGAACAGGAAACGUGGUAUCGGCAUGUUCCACAGUGGUUUACUUUUCCUGAGCAAGUUUCCCAUAUUAUGUGCAAAGUUCCACGCAUGGGAUGUGGUAACUCAUCUGGAAGCUCUUCUUGCGAACAAGGGUUAUAUGGAAAUAUUUGUGGACAUACCUGCGGUAGGUAAAAUAGCAUUCUACAAUAUGCAUAUGGCAAGUGCUAGUGUAAAUCCGGAGUCAUCUCACAUUGAAAACGUCAGAAACGAAGAGGUGAAGCAACUAUUGAAGACCACGGAGAGAGCUUGCCGGCUUGGGUUCGCCCCGAUCAUUAUAGGUGACCUCAACGCUGCGCCAAACAACUGUGCGAGUAACUAUAUGUCUUUCAUCCAUAGCGGUUGGACAGACUCAUAUGUUCUGUCGAGACAAAAGGUCAAACAAAAGAAACCGUUAGGAAUGAGAGAAAAACGCAUGACAAAGGGUGGAAGCGAGACAAUGAGUUCACCGUCUCUCAACGAUUCAAUUGGCGUGGAGAAUGUAUUCGGUGACGAUCGGUGUCAAAGGCCGCAGUUGGACAAGGUGACUGUUUUGUCUAAUUUGCCUAGGAGCAAGUCAGGUGGCAACAUUAGGCUCUCGCAAUGGUCAGUGCAAGAGGGUUCGCGAUGGUCCAGAUUUAUGGAGUAUUUUGCACCGUCUAAACAUGAUCGGAUGCGCAGAAGUGAUGCCACAUGGCAGAACGUCAGAGCUUAUUAUCCACGUGGAAGCUCAAUGAGUCUACGGGUGCUGCGUUGCCAUACACUUGAAAAUGUACGCACACCAAAGUCCAAGAAGAUGGCUAAACUGCAAAAACGUUUGGUUAAGCACAGGCUGCGCGUUUCUGUAAGGGCGCCUUGCCUCGAGGGUAGAAAAAACACGAACGCCAAAACGUUUAGGGAGAAGUGUUAUGCGUUGUUCCGUAGAUCUAGGAGUCUCUGGGUGACAGAACCUAAACCGGCAGGGCAGCCACCGUCGCUCUUAAGUUCACGUUCAAGGGUUGAAAUACGCACAUCUGAGGUCUAUUUUCACAUUAAAAACCCUGCAAUGCAACUCAAAGUGCCACGUGUGAAGCGUUUUUAUUGGUGGUACAGAAGGCGCAAUUUUAUGGAUGUUACCUGGGACCCUCGUAAUCCGCUAAAUAUGCACGGUCCACAUGCUGGUUGCAGUGGCUUAAGAUGCGACUACAUUUUCCUCCCGCCGCAAAACAUUGCUGGAAUUUUGCAGGGCUUCACACCAUCUUCGGGGGAAAUAUUGUUCAGAGACCCUAUUGUCGUUAUUGACAAAAUGGGUUCUGCCUACAACUGCUUAUGUUCAACGUUUACGAGCAUGAAGAAAGUUAUGUUAGUGACUUUGUCCGACCAUUAUGGUUUGAAGAUCACAAUGGCUCGCAAAAACGUUGUUAGGAGGGUGCCAGCUGACAGCAUACCUCGUAACUGUCGGACUAUAUGA